AUGUCACAGUUUGCAAGAACAAGCCGCGAGCUUGUCAAGAACAUUGCCGUUCAGUGCCUUUCUCCUACGCUGCCACGCGACGUUCCACCGGAGCUCUUGGAACGCAGCCGCAAGGUUGCUGAAGACCAACGAAGAAUUAUUGCCACCAGAGCAGGAGCAAGUAGUGAUUCGUCGCGAUCUUCUCAUGCAAGCGUUGAUUAUAUUACGAACGAUGCCGCAGCAGACCUUUGCGACUGGGACGAAAAUGGUGAUGUAAACGACGACGAACCACACAAGAUGAGCCAGGACGAUGUUGAUAACAAUACCAGUUCUAAUCGGACCCCUGCUUUAGAUACACGUGCACAAGUGCCCCUCUCAGCGUCUGCCCCUAACUCACCGCGUGUGGAUCCCACACAGCAACCAGAGCCCAGAUCUGCUCCUCCUUAUCCAACAACCACAUCUACGGGGGUGCCUUCUCAAAUGCGUCAAGACUAUACCUCAAAUUUGCAUACAAGUAAUCGAUUUGGAGGCCCCCCUCUCUUUGUACAAUACCGUUCCGGCCAACCACCCUUGCAUUCUCGACCGUACCCACUGACACCCUUUACUGCGCCCUACAAUGUUCGCAAGGGCCCGAAAAGGCGUCAGCAUGCGCCUACAUACCCUUAUUAUCAUCAAGCUCCGCCUUCUGCUCCAGCAGGACGCCCAGACCCUUGGCGACGGCUUGACUAUCUUGAAAAUGCUGUUUCUGAUCUAAUGCAACAAGUUUCUGACCUGCAAGCCACAAAUCGCAAGCUUUUGGAGUCUCAACUAAGGCAAUCGGAGCUUGUCAAUCUAUAUGGACUCGCCCGUUCAGGUACCCUCAGCCCCACCCAAUUUUCGCGAUUCAUGGCAACUUUUGCAUCCAAAGUAGACUUUGCAAACCUUGUAACUCCGACAACGUCAGAGCCUCUCGGCAAAUCAGCACCUAACUCGGGACCGUCUUCAGGCUCGCGCUCAUCGUCGUCAGAUAUCCAAUCAGAAAUCUUCGAGAUCAUCCAGCGGGAACAGCGGGCUGGAGAUAGAGCACGGGGAACUCGGCUUGGGCCGAACGAGAUCCCACCCGAAUCAGAGUUCAUGCCGUCUCCUCGGCUUCAUCCUCCUGCAGACUGGGGGCGUUUAAAUCGAUCCAAGGCACCUCCUUCCGAGGUCAAAACGUACAGUCCUACGGACAAGUCGGUACCGCUGGCGGGCCGCCGUUGUGGGAGACUUUUUGCGCUUAACCUCGAUGUUUUACGCCAGACCUCGCAGCCAAUGCACAGCGCCAACCCAGUGAAGCAAGAGAGCGAGUCGCCAAGCGACAGGAUGGACGAGGCAAAUGACAGUGACGAUUACGAUGAACCUGCCGAGAGCGCACUUACCCCCGAGGCGGAAGCCCCUAACGAUGUUUCAGCAAAGCAAGAACUCGCCAUGGCUUCCCAGGUGCCCUCGCAAUUUAUGUCCAUGUGCACAAAGAUGUGGCAUGUCUUGGAAGCGUAA